AUGCAGCUCCCCAGCAGCUUGACAAGCAAACUUGCUGCAGGCUACCCUUGGGCAGCAUCGCCACUCAUAGUUUCGGCGCCUAUGGCCAAAGUUGCUAUGCCCAAGCUCGCCGUGGCUGUCUCUAAAGCAGGGGGUCUAGGGUUUAUUGCAGCAGGAUAUCACAAAGGACAUGGAGACACCACAUUGGAGAGUAUCAACGGAGUUCCCAAGUUCUUGCCUGUCGGUGUUGGGUUUAUAACUUGGAGUGCCUCCUUGGAAAAGGCGCUUCCUUCUUUUUCAAGGUACUGCCCUGCUGCUGUUUGGCUCUUCGCUCCACCCAAGGGCUUUCAGGAUCUUAUUCCUUGGGUGACCAAAAUCAGAGAAGCCACAUCAUCAAGAAGUAAGAUUUGGGUUCAAGUCGGCUCUGUCUCUGAUGCUGUCGGGGUAGUCAAUGCUAUCGAUCCGGAUGUCAUUGUGGUCCAAGGAUUGGAUGCUGGUGGGCAUUCACUAGCCCGAGGAGCUAGCAUUAUUUCGCUAGUACCGGAAAUAAACGACAAGAUUCGACAACUUCGUCCUUAUCCCCAGAAGCAAGCGGAUUUCUUGGCAGCUGGCGGAAUUAGUGACAGUCGAGGUGUCGCGGCAGCCAUGGCCCUCGGUGCCUGA